AAAUAUUUUAUUUGUAGCGUACGUUUCCAAGGCAAAAGAUGUUUUUAAUGAGAGUCAAAAACUUUCAGUGAUUUAAGCGGCCAACGCGCACUAAAUAUACGUUCCCAAUUUAUAAUUACCAGUUACGUGAAAAUAAAAUAAAAGAUAUUUCGACAAAUAACUAAAACAACAACAAGAAAAUAAAACCAUAGAAGGUUGUGUGUCAUUGUCAGAUUUGUUUAUCCACAAAAGCAGAAGAAAAAAAAUAUAGAAAAGUUGCAAAUUGUAAAAUGGUUUUCAUAUCGAUUAUUGACACAGUCUGGAUUUCUUCUGGUUUAUUUAUUGUGUUUUUAAUACUCUUGUCGGCCAUCAACAAGUCAAUUGGUGUACGUCGCUUCUAUGUGCAACUAUUAUUAAGGAUAUUCGAGUAUGGACGUGUCAGCAUAGAAACAGCCCACAAGGAACGUCAGGGUUCCGCGAGGAGGGAAGAAUUGGAAGAAUUAAAACAGAAGCAGCUUUAUUUAGCAACACAUGGAGAGGGCGAUGGUGAUGAUGAUGCUAAGCAACAUAAAUGUGAUAAAUCUAGUCCAACUAGUAAAAUACAACAACUACAAGAAGAGGUAGAUGACGAUGAUGAUGAAAACAAAUCAGACAAUGUCAUAUCUGCCAAUGGCAACACCUUAAUUAACAGGGAUAAUGUACUGCUGCCCACCCCAAAUGAUACUAAUUACAAUAAGGAUAAACUAAAAGAAAAUAUAAAAGAUGAAAAUAUCAGUUUUCAUUUUGAAGGAUGUCUGGACUAUAUUAAGGCUGGUGUAGAGGCUAUUAUCGAAGAUGAAGUAACAUCACGUUUUGAGGCUGAACAAUUAAAAAGUUGGAAUCUAUUGACACGCACAAAUCGUCAAUAUGAGUUUAUCAAUUGGAAAAUAACACUCAUCUGGGUGGUUGGUUUCAUAGUGCGCUAUACAAUAUUAAUGCCACUACGUGUAUUAGUAUGUUUUAUAGGUGUGGCAUUUGCUGUAAGUUCCAAUAGUUUAGUGGCCUUGAUACCGUUUAAAAUAUUGCGCCACUUUUUUGCUGAUAUUGCUUUUAAAGUAACCUUCCGUUUAAUAGUCUGCUGUUUGUCGGCAGUUAUAAAUUUCCAUAAUAUUCAAUAUAAACCAAAAGCUACUGGCUUUUGUGUGGCCAAUCAUACAUCACCACUAGAUGUGGCAAUUUUAUCAACAGAUUGUACCUUUUCCUUGGUAGUAUGGCUUACUGUUUGUACAGCUGUUGUUGGCUACAUGCCCGAUGGAGAACGUAAACGUCAUGUGGUCAAUAAUAUCCUAAGGCAUUGCUUCUCAGUGCUGUCUAGCGCCAUUUCGGCUGUUAUCAAUUAUCAUAAUGAAGAAAAUCGUCCCACUACGGGUAUUUGUGUGGCUAAUCACACCAGUCCAAUUGAUGUGCUGGUGCUGAUGUGUGACACCACAUAUUCGUUGAUUGGUCAACGUCAUGGUGGUUUCUUGGGUAUUUUACAAAGAGCCUUGGCCAGAGCCUCACCCCACAUUUGGUUCGAAAGAGGUGAAGCCAAAGACAGACAUGCUGUGGCUGAACGUCUAAAACAGCACGUAUCAGAUCCCAACAACCCGCCAAUACUUAUCUUCCCCGAGGGAACCUGUAUCAACAACACUUCCGUAAUGCAGUUCAAAAAAGGCAGUUUCGAAGUAGGUGGUGUCAUUUAUCCAGUUGCCAUAAAGUAUGAUCCCCGUUUCGGUGAUGCCUUCUGGAAUAGUUCCAAGUAUUCUAUGCUUCAAUAUCUUUACAUGAUGAUGACAUCGUGGGCCAUUGUCUGUGAUGUUUGGUAUUUACCGCCCAUGUACCGACAACAGGGUGAAUCUGCCAUCGAUUUUGCGAAUCGUGUUAAAAGUGUAAUUGCCAAACAGGGUGGCCUGGUCGAUUUGGUCUGGGACGGUCAACUGAAACGUAUGAAACCUAAAAAAGAAUGGAAAGAAAUGCAACAAGUCGAAUUCAUAAAACGUCUUAAAGGAGACUAAAUAGUUUAGCAUUUUUGUUUGUUGUAGGCCUCACAAUUCCAUGGUAAAUUUUACCAAACUAAAAUCCUGUUAAAAAACCAACCAACACAUAAUACAACCAAUAAUAACAAUUUGUAAUUUAUUUUAACGUAUAUAUAAAUAAUUUUUUGGAGUAAACGUUUAUUUAAGUGAAACCAAAUAAAGAGAAAUGAAUUUUUGAAUAAAAAACAAAAA